AUGGUAUUCAGAUUGCAUGACGUAGGCCCUGAGCUACUCAGAGGGGUCCUUCUGGAGCGGGGAUGGGAAGAAUACCAUGACGGGCGAUGGGAGCAGGAAGACUGGAACUUCCACUGCUGGCGGUGCUCUAAGUUCCCCAUUCCCCAGCUUGACCUGAUGCCUUGGCAGCGCCUCAAUCACCAUCCCCAAAUUGUUGGCAUCACACGAAAGGACCACCUGGAGCGUAACCUGAAGAGAAUGAGAGCAACUUUCGGAUCGUCACUCUAUGAUUUCAGUCCGAUAGCCUUCAUCCUCCCCGGCGACUUCACUUGCUUCCCGGCUGAGUACUACAAGAGUCUCAAAGGAAGGCCUUCUUCCUACUGGAUCUGUAAGCCAGUGGACCUAUCCAGAGGCAGAGGGAUCUUCAUCUUCGAGAAGAUGCGGGAUCUCCUGUAUGACAGCGCCGUGGUUGUGCAGAAGUACAUAAGCGAGCCUCUGCUAAUCUUGGGCUACAAGUUUGACCUGAGGAUCUAUGUGUGCGUAAAGAGCUUCCAUUCGCUCACCGUGUACAUCUACCAGGAGGGACUGGUGCGCUUUGCCACAGAGAAGUAGACCCUGUCCUCCCUGAUUAACCCCUACGUCCACCUCACCAACUCCAGCAUCAACAAGCUGGGACCCUUCUACCAUGCCCCCACUGAGCGGGUGGGCCGAGGCUGCAAGUGGACCUUGGGUAAGUUCCGCCACUUCCUCCACAUUCAGGAUAUCAACGAGCUUCUCCUCUGGCAGAGGAUCAACAAUAUCAUCACCCUUACUCUGCUUACUAUCGCCCCCUCUGGCCCCGCAAGCCACAACUGCACGGAACUGCUGGGCUUUGAUAUCCUGCUGGAUGUCAGCUUCAAACCCUGGCUUCUGGAGGUACACCACAAACCCUCACUGACACCCGACUGUAUGGCUGACCUGGCAGUGAAGAAGAAGCUCCUUGGAGACCUUACUGACUUGAUGAGCUACACCGGCGCGGACCACCUGAGGGGGGAGCCCUUAACGAGACGAGUGCCCUUGCUCCCAAAGUUGUAUCCACUUCCACGUAUUAAAACCCAGACAAAAAAAAACAGGCAGAACAAGAGCAGCUGUCAUCGAUAUCAUGGACGCCUCCCCCUACUCCACUUGGAAAGGACAUCCCAACUCAUUAGCACCACUGCGGCUAAAGCUAGCCAACUCAACACGGGCAAGACCCUAAACCUGAUACCAAGCCCACGCUCAAGGACGAUCAGGAGCGUGUCUGAGGUUACGCAAAGCCAAGCUGAGGGUGAGCUCUCAGACGUUCAAUCAACAUUACCUGAUACUUCACGGCGGGGGCGGGGUUUGCGGCGCCCUGCUGCAACCUGGCGAGUCACAGAACUCGCACACAGGGUCAAAGCCAUCCAAACAACUCCGCAAGGACAUGCCAUUCCUCCGCUCCGAGUGGGAGACUUCAUUCGAACCUUCCCCUUUAUUAUGGCUACACUGAAGGCCUCGAACCACCAGCUGGACCUGAAGGCAGUAAUGAGGGAAAUUCACAAUCUGACCGUUCAGCUGGAUGCAAGUCAAUCAACCACCAGCGGACAGAACGUCAGCGACAAAGAGGAAAACUUGGAUUCGCUCCUUAGGGGGCCAAAAGACCCUCCACUGCUGCAUCAGUGCUUCAAGGCCAGCUGA